GUUUAAGUUCAUAGUGAGCAUUUAUAAAAGGAAGAACGACUGAACGCUCGUUUUUCCUUUUCUUUUUACAAUAAAUUUAUCUUUUCAACUUCUUUACGCGUAAUAAGAAUCAAUUUUAUUUAUUCAAAACGUAAAAUGCAAGCAGCCACUAUAAACAACCAGCAAGUCGUCUACUCUUCUUGGGACUACAUUUGCACUAUCAAUAAUGAUCGUCAAGAAGCUGAAUUUGUAUAUCCUGAUUCAGUCACCAGUGAACUCGCCACUAGAAUCAUGGACCUGUCUGAGACUCAGCAGACAAAUGACACAAAGUACCUGACUUGCAGCAUUAAUAGCAGUCCUGUCUUGGUAACGCUUACCAAUGUUAUGUCAAGCAACGACAGUAACAUUAAGGUUACGUUUUGUUACGUUGUUGGAAACAAUACGCUACCAGUUCAUUUUAAACGCGCCCCUACUGGCCAUAUCAUCAAAGCAGCCAUAUCUGAAGCGCCUUUCAAUAUGGUGUAUAAAGAUCGAUAUGGCACAAGCCAAGUUAAGCAAACACUAGCCUUGGUGAUCUGUACCAAUAUUGCAGAGCAGCUAGCACUAUUGACUUUCGAUAACGCGAAUAGCUGCUUAACAGCACAAAGAGUAGAACAACUGAGAAACAACUCCAUUCCGUCAUCAGCAGUUGUUUCAACCGUUCAUAUGUUAGAAGCAAACAAAGAAGCGAAUCGAAAGAGCCACUCUGAUCCAAGAAUUCUGUUAGGUUUUACAUCUGGACAUCUUUUGAUGUACCGCGUUCGUACUCAGGUUUACACGUACAAUGCUCCCCGUGUUAGAGAUCCAGUCGAUCUCUCUGAAUUUGUUGAAUUUAAAAACCGUAAAGUCUUUGAAUCCCUUUCGAAUACCUCACUUAUCAUCACUAAUUAUUGUAAUACGAUCAUUUUUUUCUUCGAUUUUUUUCUUACAGAGCCUGUUGAUCAUAUAGCUUGUACUAGAACAUCCAACAACUUCAAGGUCUUCGUUACUAUCUCGCAGAAUGGUGGCAACGAAAUGGAAAAUAAUGCUAAUCAUGACGAUAGGAAGUCUUAUGUUCGGCUCGUAGAAGUUUAUGCUGACAACUUGAAGAAAAAUUUAGGACUCAUAUCACCUAAUGCUUACGGAUCUGCAACCGACCCAUUGAUUGAUCAGAUUGUUGCAAUUGACUUUGCUUUGGUUCGCAAGAUAUCUAGUAUGGAUAGAACACACUUGUUCUUACUCAUAAUAAAUUCAUCUCAUUAUUUCCUUGAUAUUUGGACUGCUGGCUUUGACAACAGUACAAAAUUUUCCUUACUUCGACAAGUUUCUCGUCUUUCCAUCCCUAAGAAGACAUGUUAUGAGAUGGUGCUCAAGACUUUAAAGAAAGAUAAUAAUGGAAACUCGUCAUCUUUAUUCAUGUUUGAUAUGAAGGGCUUUUUACAAACGAACGGCAGCAGUGUUAUUUAUGAUACGAUUAUCCAAUAUUAUAUAUCGCAUGCGCACCAGUCAUUAAUGAAACACCACCAAGCCCAUCACGACAAUGUUGAAGCUGAAAACAAAAGAAUAGCAUCCGCACCUCUGGAAAGUCAUCGCCCAUUAAAACGGCAAAGAAGACACAGUAGUGACUCUACACAUGAAUCAGUAGUAGAAGAACAUGUUAGCGCAGUAUGCACCAACAGUGACAAAAUUGAACGCAAGAGGGCAGCACCCACAUCGUUUGAAAACAUUUGUACAGUUAAACGACAAAAAAGAUAUAGUAGUUCAUCAUCUGUCGACAAUUCACCACCACCUCAACUCAGUCCUCCUCCGUCAGCAUUAUAUCUCAAUUCAGAUGAAAAUGUUGCAUCCGCUCAGUUGCAACAGCAACAUUUACAAGUAUCUGCUGAACUUCAAGGUGAUGUUGACAAUAAAGAAGAAGAAAUGCAUGAUUGUCAAGAUGAUGAUUGUAACACCGUCGAUUCAGCAGCAUAUCUCAGUGCAGAUGAAGGUAUAUUCGCUCAGUUGCAACAGCAACAUUUACAAGCAUCUACUGAACUUCAAGAUGAUGUUGACAAUAACGAAGAAGAAAUGCUUGACUCCCAAGUUGAUGAUUGUACCUCCGAGUACUCUGACGGAGAUGAAUCGGUAUAUUAUGAUGCUGAUGACAAGUUUUCUAACGAUGACAAUGAACCAGUUAUAUCCAACGUAUUUGAUGCCAUUCAUAAUGAUCAAGAUGUACCAAACGAACCAUAUACCGUAUUGGGAGAUGAAAGUCUUACAAACGGUAUCGAAAGCUGUGGACAAAUGUUACUUCAAUACAGCGGUGGACCUGAAAAAGCAAGAGAUUUGACUAGUUCUGAAAUAAAAGGCUUUGGACAGUAUUGCUGGGAUCAGCCAUCCAUCAAAUUUAGAUUUUACUUAUUGUUGCUUUUAAUGGAUCGACAAGUCGAAGAUGAACUCAAAACUGAAAUAGUGUAUAUUGUUCGAUCUAUACUACUUUCACGCGAAGUCGACACUUUGUCAGCUGUUCAAAAAAACUACUGCUUGAACUUGUACCGAAGAUAUAUGAAAGAAGUUCAUCCAACAGUUGCUUAUAGAGUGAUGAAAGCUGUUGAAUGGCCUGAAGAACAUCACUCCAGGUUUAUUUGCCAGGCGUGGUUGUUGCCAACUGUAAAUCUGGGUAUUACAGUAGAGAUAGUAGCCCUAAUACUCUUCGGUUUCGUAGAAGAUAACGUUGCAGAUUCUUGGUUGGUCGGAGUGGUCUUCUGCUGGCAUAUGACUUACUAUCGGUAUCCACUGAGGUUUUUGUAA